AUGCGGACAGAACAUGUCUUUUUGCUCCUAGUGGGGACUUUUACAGCUGCCCAAGCUAGUAUUAUCCCGAACCAAACUCGACAGAAUGACAAUUGUGCACAAAUUUAUCAACUUGCUGUUCAACAUGGGAACAACUCUGAAAGCAUUACGAUUCCCGGUACUCUGGCGCUCAAAUGUCUUCAAGACCUUCCUUUCGAGCCGAAGCGAGCUGCAUCAUUCAUUAAAGAGUAUCGGAAACUCGUACAAUUUGAAUCCGACAUCGAAAUCUUGAAAAACCCACCUUCCGGCUAUCAGAUGCCACCUACUGACCUUCUCGGCGAACUUGACAAGAUUGAGCAAAACGCUGCUGCUGGAGAGUAUAAUAGCCAAUAUGAAUUUGAUGCGGAGCUCAAAGCUCUAAGUAUCUCAGCUUAUCAAACUCAUUUCUCCGUGACUCUAUGCUCUAUGUCACUUUUCAUCUUUGAGAACUCAGUCCCACUUGUGUCAAUCUCUUCUGAUGGAACCUCUUUACCCGAGGUUUAUACCAAAGAGGAUGCUACUCACCUGAGGACCUCUAGUAGAGGUCCCGUGUCCCCCAUCAAAACUAUCAAUGGACGUUCUGUUGCCGACUACAUACAAGGAUUACCUAUAGUGCAUUCUUGCCAAGAUUGGGACACCUUAUACAACUUGAAUUUCUUUUCCAACCCAGUCAGCUUAGACCUUUCUGGCGCUGCUGGUGAGUGGCCCGGGGCAUUCAGCGAAAAUAAUCAGUGGCCUGGCGCGUUCCAUGCAUUGCGCUUCGCCAACGGUUCGACCAUGACAGUUGAAACAGUCGCUUCAGUUCAAGACUUUCCUUACCGCAAUAGUAAGGAAAUGUAUUCAGGACUUUGCAUUCCAAGCAACUCAUCCUCCUUGGGGUCCACUGAAAGCGAGACGCCUUCACCUAUCCCCAGUGGAUAUCCGAAACCGUUCAUCCGCGAUGACUUCAAUCAGAUAAUGGGCUUCCUCCCAAAUACUUCCCAUCUGGAGGAUGUUGGCGUUCUUGCCGUUACCAGCUUUGAGGGUUCCAUUACUGUCGCACAAAACGCUGAAUUCAACAAGAUUGCCAGUGGAUUUGUCAAGCAGGCAAGUAGAAAGGGGAAGAAGAAGAUCUUGAUUGAUGUCUCUGGCAAUGGUGGUGGAAAUCCACUUGCUGGUCAGAACUUGUUCCGCAUUUUCUUCCCUGAGAUAGAUGUCUACGCUGCCACUCGCUUCCGUUCUAAUGAAGCAAUUGACCUGGUUGGCCAAGCCGUCAGAAGGCUUCCCAACAAUGCCACAAAUGAUAUUAGACCUUUCAUAUAUAAGGGCGAAGUGAAGCCUGAUCAGGUACACGGAUUCUCAUCCUGGAAAGAUCUGUACGGCCCUCACGAGAUCCUUGGAGUCAAUUCGUCCAGUUUGACUUCCGCCAAUUUAACUGCCAUCUCGACACCCAAUGAUCCCAUCAAUGGCUACGGAGAUGCUCCUGCAGAUCCGUCAAAGGCAUUAUUUGCAGCUGAAGAUAUUGUUCUUAUUACAGAUGGCGUGUGUGCAUCGGCCUGCUCGAUCUUCGCUGCGCUUAUGAAGCAGGAAGGCGUGCGUACCAUCGUCUUCGGUGGCCGUCCCAAGAACGGGCCGAUGCAGGGUAUUGGAGGCACCAGAGGAGCCUUAGCGAUAGGUCUAAGUGUAAAUGGGGAGCUCUUCGCAGGAUACAAAGAAGCGGCGGAAAAGUCACUCAACACUUCGACGCCACUUUUGACCAAAGAACAGCUUGCGCGGUGGGAUCAGAUUGUCCCUCGUCCUAUCGCGGAGUUUCCGCUCGUUUUUCCCGCGGGUUCUACUAACCUUCUCAAUAACUACGGUCCUCAUGAUAGUGACACUCCUCUGCAGUUUCUUUACGAGGCUGCCGAGUGUCGCCGAUUUUAUACUCUGGACAAUGUAUUUGAUCAAGAAACUGUUUGGGCAUCGGCCGCGGAUGCAAUGUUUGAUGGUGGCGCUUGUGUGCCUGGGUCUACUAAUGCUACGGGGAGUCUCUUCGCGUGA